AGCAAUAAAGUCUCAGUCCAGUGUGAGUAAUAGCAGAUACAUUGAAUAGUUUCUGCUUCCCACGAUGUCCCAUGUAAUAUCGUCGUUUAUUUUUCAGGCAGUUUGCCAGCUUGGAGGCAGUCUGGACUUUCAAACUUUGGGUCAGAUCUUGCGGAAACGUUUCACAGUAGCAGAUGAAGUGGUUCAAGAAGCUCUCUGUGAUUUUGACCGCUUCUUGGUGGUGCAAGGCUGUGAGAAAAGAUCAGACUGUGAGGUUUUCAGUGCUGACACUGUGAUCAUCGCUAAAACACCACUGAGAGUUUGUCAGAGCCUCCCUGGACAGUGUGCUGGCUGUGAAACUCUGCACCUGUGCAGGUACUUGGUUUGCGGGAACUGCAGGUUCAGGGAAAAAUGCAAAAACUCCCACGCCUUGGAUUCCUUUCAUAAUUCAACACUCGUGAGCAAAGUUGGACUCCAGGAACUUGGACAGUCUGCAAUUUUCCAGCUAUUGUUGCAGAAUGAUCCCUACCUCCUGCCAGAGGUGUGCAGCCACUAUAAUAAGGGGAAUGGAGAACAUGGAGCCUGUAGGUAUCAGGCGUCCUGCACUAACCUGCACGUCUGCCAGCACUUCCUGCAGGAUGACUGUAAAUUCGGUGCCACCUGCAAAAGAGCUCAUUCAUUUGAUGCCACUGCAGUGAAAGUUCUUAAUAACAGAGGACUCAGCCCCGAAAACAUCAACAACUUCGGCAAGAUUUACAAAAACAGGUUUUUGAUCAGUUCUCAUAAGGAAGAACCACCUGGUCCUCUUUACCUGGCUAAAACGGCCAGUCCUGGAACAGCUGCUGGAGAAAGUUCAAAGCCUGCAAAGGAACCUGAUCCAAAUGAGAUUUGCCUUUUCUUCAUUCGCAGAGGUUGCAGUUUUAAAGAGAAGUGUGUCCGUGUUCAUUGCCACUUGCCGUAUAAAUGGCAGGUUUUGGAUAAGAAUGGACUGACAUGGAAAGACUUGUCAAAUGGAGAGGAAAUUGAGAAGGCCUUCUGUAAUCCAGCUAAUGAAGUGAGUCCAGGGCCUGAGAAUGUUAACUUCAUCUCCAUGACAUGUGGAGGGAGACAAGUUCGCCGUCUGUCCACAGUGUCGUCUGUUACCAAGCCACCUAACUUCAUCCUGACCACUGAGUGGCUCUGGUACUGGAAAAAUAAUAAAGAAGAAUGGAUUGAAUAUGGACAGGGGGAGGAUGCACAGCUGUCAACUCCUCUAACUUCUCAGACACUAGAGAACAUUUACCACUCGGAUCCGCAGAGUGAAGUCCCUGUCAGUUCUGGUACCCACACAUACAUGCUAUAUUUAAAAGACAUGUAUCAGCGAAACGUUCUGUACCAAACCAAACGAGAGAUUCGGAGGAGGCCACGAUUUGUGUCUGCUCUAGAGGUUGAGAGCAAGCUUAAAGGUGAAACCUCCAGCUCUUCCUCUGUGGCAGUUCCUGCUCACUGGGAUAGAGGAGCUUUACCCAGCUUCUCAUACAAGCUGGUUCCCCUGUCUAGGACAGAGGCUGAAUUCCUCAUGGUAGAGAAGCUCUUUAAACAAACCAUGCCCAAGUACAAAGUCAACAGCAUUGAGAGGAACCAGAACAGCUCACUGUGGAAAGUUUUCCAGUGGCAGAAAGAACAGAUGAAGGAGCGGAACGGAGGGAGAGAUGUGGAUGAGAGACUCUUGUUUCACGGCACACGGGAAUCUCUAAUAGAGGCCAUCUGUGAGCAGAACUUCGACUGGAGGGUUUGUGGGGUGAACGGCACAUUAUAUGGAAAAGGAAGUUAUUUUGCCAGAGAUGCCUCCUACUCUGACCAAUACUCUCAGUCUGCAGACACCACCAAAAAGAUGUUUGUGGCACGGGUUCUGGUGGGUCACUACACCAGCGGCCACAACAGCUUGCUCCGUCCACCUCCUAAAACCAUGGGCAAAGGCUUCUAUGACAGCUGUGUGGAUGACUGCAGCAAUCCAAGCAUUUUUGUCAUCUUUGAGAAGUAUCAGAUUUACCCUGAAUUCAUUAUAGAAUAUGCUCCUGAGGAGUCCAGAUGUUUGAUUUCAUAAAUAUCUGUAGAGUACCAUAUUAUAUUAGGUUUGAAGGGUGUAUUAUAAAGCACAUACAGUAUCAUGAAGGAAUGACAAUGUAUUAAUUAAGAAAAAUAAUUCUUAAUAUGUAAUAAUAUGUAAUUUUAUAUAAUAUAUAAUCUUGAUGUUCUUAUAGCUGGAAUAUGACAUCGUGGAUGUGCAAUGAAUGUUUGCAAGCAUUGGAAUGAGUAUUAUGAAAUUUAAUAGCAUAUGUGCUGAUGAAGGUAGAUAACAUUUGAUAUAUAUUUGCCUUUUUCUUGUUUGGGUGAUAAGCUUUUGCUAGAUUUUGCCUUUUACAGUUUUAUAUAGUGACUGUAAUUGGCCCUCAGGACUUUACUCAGCAAAAACUACCCAUAUUUUGUCUUUCAGUUUAAACUUGACUCCAAAAAGGUUAUUUUUGCAAGUAUAACUUUUCAGUGUUUAAUUUUAAAAGCAAAAUUAAAGAUAAAUAAAGGAAAUUCAGUCA